UGAACAUUGGACAUGUUAUUUUACUGUCAUGCAGUGUGAAACAUAAAUAAAGCCUAAUAGUUUUCUAAAAAUCAUGACUUAAUACUCAAGUCUAAACUGAUAAAAUGAAAUAAUAUAUUUAAAGUCAUAACUGCCACUCAUAUAUUUCUUUAUAAUUAAUCACAUUAUGGAUGGUUUAAUUCACGCGGCAUUGGAAGCAGAGGUAAUAUUAAAUCGGGCUAAAAAUGUGAAUACGAACUUAACACAUAUUGACAGUGGUGUCUCUGAUCAUAAAAUGACUUGGACCCACGAGAAGAUGCAUCUAGCAGAAACUGUUGACGACUCCAGGAUGAAAUUUCAACGUAACUCCGUCAGUUCUGUAUCUAAAACUACAGAGAAGUUUGAUCUGUUUAAAAAACUUCAUGAAUUGUACAGUGAGCUCAGUCGAGAUGAAACUUCACAAACCAACUAUCAAGGACUAAAAACUACAUCUUACCUAUUAGAAAAGUUAUUGGCUACUUAUAACUUGAACACUUUGAUAAUCAACUUGUAUCCAGGCAAUAAGGGAUAUUCCCUGUCAUUAAAAGUCAAUGGAAAUACACAGUAUAUCCAUCCACCUGAUGUAAGUGGCUCAUCAAGUCAAGAUGAGACUUUAAUUGAGACUCCUCGGUGGCCAUAUGAAGAGGAAGAACUUCUUAGUUACAUAGACAAUGAAGAGUUACCUGUAGUGCUUCUGGACCUACUUGAAUCUGAGCAUUCCUGUCUGUUCUACUCUGGAUGCAUAAUAGCUCAGAUAAGGGAUUACCGGCAGGCUUAUCCAAGUUUUCUAUGCGAUACUCAUCAUGUAUUGUUAAGGCCAACAAAUCAGAGCAUAAUAACAGACGCGAUGUGUAUCGGUGGUCGUUGCGGGUGGGCGGGCGAGGAGCGCGGUGCGGUGGAGGCAGUGGAAGCCGCGUUGGUGCACGCGGCCGCGCCCCCGCUGUGCCUCGAGCCGAGGCCCGCGGUGGGACUGCUCGCCGCGAGGCUGCACGCCGCGCCUCGACUGUUCAACACGCCGCGGAUACGACGCCAAGCGAGGAGGUUUUCACAAGUGGCUGUGAAUAGGAAAAGGAAAUUGGAUCAAUUCACACAUUAUCACGGACUUGAGCUGUUGGAGUUGAUUCAUCGUCAAAGAGCAAAGAACAGCCGACAAUCUGUACCUCAUACUCGACUGACUUCCAAAUUCCCCAAGAAACCACCAGAGGUGUUCAAGCCAAUAGAACCUCCAAAAAUGGAGGCUUUGCCGCUAGCGUUACCAUCGGAACCGAGCGGGCCUCUGCGCCUCGCGCGCGCCUACGAGCGGCCGCGGCCCACGCCCGACUGCCAGCCGCAGCUGGUGGAGGAGUACAUCCUAGAGACCGAGAAGACGUCGCCGCACGCGGGCGCGGGCUUCUUCCACAUCAAACUGUCGAUACUACAACGGCCGUCCGAUCAAGAGUUCCUAGGGGAGUUGUAUGUGGACAGGGAUCACGUCGAGGGGGAGAGGAAUGGUGCUGCAUGUAGAUUUACGCUAGGGUCUCGACUACAAGCUAAUAAAUAUAUACAACAAUUUACGGAGAUAUUUACGGAGGAAGGAAGGAAAUCGGUUAGAAUAAAACAUAUCGUACCUGGGCAGCUACCAAGGGUUUCAUUUACUGGUGGCAUGAGAGAAAUGCUAUUGUUGCAGCAGCGGACAGCGCAAGCGAACAGUUCCACAGUACAAACGCAUGCGACCACAGUACCUGUAGUAACAUCUGCAAUAGCAGCCACGCCCAAUGCCCACACGAGUACAAGGCAGUUACCAAUACUGCAGGCGCAGUUACAACAAGUAGGCAACGUUGGAAGUGUUGCGGCAGUGGGCACGGUUGUCGGAAGCGUGGGCCCGGUGAGCGCCGUGGGCACUGUGGGCAACAUGGGGGCCGUAGGCAACGUGGGCUCCGUCGGAACCGUGGGCAAUGUGGUCAACGUUGCCGCAUCAAGCUCGGCUGUUGAGGCUGCAUUGAAACAGCAACCUUCACCUACACCGCGGUUGUCACCUCAGGCAUCAACAAAUCAGUUGCUAGCGCAGCAGUUGACCAACCCGCCGCAGCCGCUGAACCCACAGAAGAUGCAGUCCGCCAUCAUACACAUACAGCACCCGCUCAUGUCGUCCUCUGGCUCGUCACAGGUACAAAGUAUACAAUAUACGAGUACGACGACUGCGCAGCAGAAAGCGACAAUAACCAAGCCGCUAUCAACAAACCCGGCUAUAAACGCGCUUGUCACUAGUCUUAUGAAUUCGGCACAACAAUUCCAACAAGCGGCGAGUCAAAACGCUGCCAAGGCGGUCGUCAGUACGGCGAGUAGCAAUGCGACGAUACUGAACCUUCUAAACAGCGCGCCUGCCGCCAUGACACAUGUCACGACAGCGGAUAACUCGCUGGACACACACAAGCUACUCAAACGCACUGUGUCGAUAGCGGGCGCGCGGCUCAUUGCCGCUUCCACGAGCGCUCACACCAUACCCACCUAUACGCAGCAGGUUACAUACACCCGAGAGAACGACUCGACGAACGUGUCAAGUAGCGAGAGCGCUCUGCUGGAGCGGCUCAUGGGCCCCGAGCCUGCAGCCACUCCUCCCUCACAGCCGCAGCCGCAGCCCCAGCCGCAACCGCAGCCUGUUUGCCAUUUGCAGGGUCUAAGCCUAACAUCCUUGCAAGGUCUUCAAGGCAUUCAGGGUGUGCAGAAUGUGCAAGUACAAAUCCCGGGACUGUCGGCGCCUAUAUCGUUGUCGCUGAACGUGUCGGGCGCGCCCAGCGGCCUGCUGGUGUCGGUGCCGCCGACCACGUCCGUGGUGCUAACCAACCAACCCUCCGUGCUAUCUUUGCCUAUUGCGCAACUAAUGUCAGGCAGCGUGAAGGGCGGUGUGAGGGGCGGCGCCGUGCAGGUGGUGCGCGCGCCGCGCCCCGCGCGCCUGCCGCGCCCCGCGCCGCGCGCGCCGCUGCAGCCCGCUGCCGGUACAACUCAAUUUAUAACUCAGGCGCAGACGCAAGCGUUAAACGCCCACCAAGUACGACGAAAAUCUAAUCCUGAUAGUUCAUAGUAAAUGCUUAAACUUUAGCCCACUGCCGAUAUAGUAAAUUAAAAUGUAAAUAUCUGCAUAUACUAGAUACAAUUUAUAGAGGAAGAGUGAAAAAAUCUGCGUGCAAUAUUGAUCGAUAGAUCUCUAGCAGACUCUAGUUUUUAACUAAAAUGAACUUUUAAUAGACAACUAUUUAUAUUCGCCGUAUAAAACUCAAAUACGUACCGUUACCAUGAGUUCCCACUGAGACUGAAAGGUUUGAGGAAGAGUCAUAUAACUCUUUCCUAAUAUUUAUUAAGCUGCUUUUUACAUCAAUGCAAUCAUAUUUAUUUACUUUUAUGAAUUCAAAGGAAGUAUGCUUACAUUCUUUUUAGGUUCCGUACCCAAAGGGUAAAAACGGAACCCUUUUAAUGUCACUCUGCUGUCUGACUGUUUCUGUCUGUCCGUCCGUCCAGGUGUCACAGGUCUCUAGCUCGUAAACGAAAUGCGUUACAAACCUGUUUUUGUAUUUGGUGUAGAACGUUGACCCAAAACCUCAUUGAAUAGAGUAUUAAUAAUUUUUUUUUUUAAU